UAGAGAUGGCAAAUCCUGAGGUCGUUACAAAUAGCUGUAGCUCUCAGCAGGAGGAAAAUGGCUGCACGUUUAACCAGAAUACAUCUCCCUCUGAGGAGCUUCUAUUAGAAGACCAGAUGAGGCGAAAACUCAAAUUUUUUUUCAUGAAUCCUUGUGAGAAAUUCUGGGCUCGAGGCAGAAAACCAUGGAAACUUGUCAUACAAAUUAUAAAACUUGCAAUGGUGACUAUCCAGCUGGUCUUUUUUGGGCUAAGUAACCAGAUGGUGGUAGCUUUCAAGGAAGAUAACACUAUAGCAUUCAAACACCUCUUCCUAAAAGGAUAUGUGGACAAAGCAGACGACACCUAUGCAGUUUACACACAGAGUGAUGUAUACAGUCAGAUCAUCUUUGCAGUGAACCAGUACUUGCAGCUACGCAACAUCUCAGUCGGGAACCACGCUUACGAGGAUCAGGGCGCGGAGCAGUCCGGUAUGGCAAUCUGCCAGUACUUCUACAAGCAAGGAAACAUCUGUCCUGGAAACGAUACCUUUGACAUUGAUCCCCAAAUUGAAACUGAAUGUUUCUCCGUGGAGCCAGAUGAAUCUUUUUACAUUGGAACACCAGAAGAAAAUAAACUCAACCUAACACUGGACUUUCACAGACUCCUAACAGUGGAACUGAUGUUUAAACUGAAGGCCAUUAAUCUGCAGACUAUUCGUCAUCACGAGCUCCCUGACUGUUACGACUUCACUCUGACUAUCACAUUUGACAAUAAAGCCCACAGUGGAAGAAUUAAGAUAAGUUUAGAUAAUGACAUUUCCAUCAGAGAAUGUAAAGACUGGCAUGUUUCUGGAUCAGUUCAGAGAAACACUCAUUACAUGAUGAUCUUUGAUGGCUUUGUUAUCCUGAUGUGCUUGACUUCAUUAAUCCUGUGCUUUCGAUCUGUGAUUAAAGGAAUUCAGCUGCAACAGGAAUUUGUCAAUUUUUUCCUCCUCCAUUAUAAGAAGGAGGUUUCCGUUUCUGAUCGAAUGGAAUUUGUCAAUGGAUGGUACAUUUUGAUUAUUAUUAGUGACUUAUUGACAAUCAUUGGAUCAAUUCUGAAAAUGGAAAUCCAAGCCAAGAGUCUAACAAGUUAUGACGUCUGCAGCAUACUUCUCGGGACCUCCACCUUGCUUGUGUGGCUGGGCGUCAUCCGAUACCUCAGUUUCUUCCACAAGUACAAUUUCCGUUCUCUGAACUUGGUCUCCGAGUGCCUUUUUUCUCUGAUAAAUGGAGAUGACAUGUUUGUGACAAUGCACCAAAAAAGUUACUUGGUCUGGCUAUUUAGCAGACUUUACCUCUACACGUUCAUCAGCCUCUUUGUAUAUAUGAUUUUAAGUCUUUUCAUUGCACUGAUCACUGAUACAUAUGAAACAAUCAAGCAUUACCAACAGGAUGGCUUCCCAGAGACCAGACUUCGGACAUUUAUAGCAGAGUGCAAAGAUCUACCCAACUCUGGAAAGUACAGAUUAGACGACGAGCCUCCAGGAUCUAUAUUCUGCUGUUGUACAAAGUAGCUCUCAGGCUUAUCUGUGCUCUAGAGGAAAAUAUGGUGUGCAGCUGAGUUGGGAAACUAUGGAUAUUUUAAGAUCUGGUGGAGUAUGUUUGAAGACUAUCAUUUUGAACAAAUUGAUAGCUAUAAUUCAUUAAGAUGCAUUAGGUUUAUAAUUUAAAAGCAAUAAUUAUUGUCUUUUUAGCUUUAUGUUGAGUUUAUUUAAAAAAAGCACUACCUUUGAUUAGUGAAGCCAUUGGCUUCUUAUUCGUUCUUUAUUUUGCCAUAGCUAUAGAAGGUGUUUUCUAUGCCACUCUUUGUUGUUGUUGCUGUUCUUAAUCCUCAUCCGAGGGUAUUUUCUCCAUUGAUUUUUAGACAGAGUGGAAG